AUGGAAAAGGCAAAAUGUACCCAUGAUUGCCUANUGUAUAAGUUGAUGAUCGGUGCUGUUGUUGUUUUUAAACAGGUUUGGCAACAGAUGGCAAAGCUGAACCUCAAACCUGAUCUGUACACUUACAAUUUGAUGCUGUCAGCUGCCAAAUACUGUGGCAUUGGUGACUCUGAGGUAGCUUCUCAAUUGCUACUAAGACCCUCAGAGAAACGCCCAACUCAACUGAGGCUGAAUUCUGGCAGAGAGCAAGGCACAAAGGCUCGCAGGAAGAAAAUAGCUAACGUUCCAGCUUCAAUAUUAUCAGAUGUCGAAGCUCUGGAAAGAAAUAUGUUCCCAGGAGACAAUCCAAAAACUGAGGGGCCAGGAAGAAACCGAGGUGAUGCCAAGGACAUCGCAAAACCGAAGCCAAGCGCUCAAUCCGAUUUAUCAGAAUGCGAUACAGACGGGAGUUUGGUGAUCUCUGAGCAGCACCAGUCGGUUCCGGGAUCCCUAGCGGGAAAGGCCUUCUCGGAGGCUGCCAUUCCCCUCCCUAACUUGCUAGAUUUCCAGAGUCCAGCCCCACAUGUGGUUUCCUUCGGGACGGUGGCAACGCCCUCCGACCGACUGGCUCUGAUGGGAAACAUGGAAGGUUUCUUAAAAAAAAUGAAGGACGACAAGGUGGCGGGGAACAUUCGGACGUUCAUAUUGUUGGCCGAAAACGUGGAACUCAACAGCCCAUCCGAAUCGUCGUUGCUGGCCGUCAUGGAAGAGAACAACGUGAAACCAGACGUGGCUUUUUUUAACACGUUGAUCAGAAAAAAGAGCAAGAAAGCCGACCUGGAAGCGGCAAAGGUAAGAUCGUCCCUUUCUGGGUAUGUGUUGUGGCCUGACAGCGGAGCUGGCAGCAGAUGCCGCAAAUACAAGGAAGGGAUGCAGUUACUGUCAGACAUGAAGCGCUCUGGAAUAAAACCCAAUGUGCAGAUCUACGGGGCGCUGAUCAACGCAGCCGUGAAGCGACUGAAUUACACUUACCUCAUAGAGAUCCUUAAAGACAUGAGCAAGAAUCAGGUGGCUCCAAAUGAAGUCAUUCUUAACGUCCUGGAGUUUGCAGCCCAGUAUCCUCCUAAUUAUGAUAAGUACCAGAAAAAGGAUCAUUAUCUUGAGAAAAUUGAUGGCUUCCGAGCUUUCUAUUUCCGAUGGCUUAAAUGGAUGCCCGGGGAAGAAACACCACACCCUUGGACAAGAUACCGAUAUAAGAAUGUGGCACAAAGCAAAGAUGGCACCAAGCUGGAACAAGAUCAAGGCAGCCAGGAGCUAAAAUAAAGCAAAUGUUGGCCAUUCAUUAUGGAAUGCUGGCACGUUUUUUUAAAUUGCUUUAAUUCUGUACGUAUCUCUUCACAUGAACCUUAAAUUAACCCCUAGGUGUAUAUACAACUGCAACCCAGAUUUAUCUG